AUGGGCUCACAAAGUAAAGACCAAAACGAACUGACGGUUCUCGUCACCGCAUUCGGCGCCUUCCGGGAGCAAUAUCCCGUCAACCCGUCGUGGGAGAUUGCCAAGGGCAUCCCGCCUCACCUCACACCGCUGGGAGCCAAGGACGGCGGCGGCGGCGGCUCCCGCGACCCCCCGCCGCGCGUCCGCAUCCUCGUGCACCCCGAGCCAAUUCGCGUCAACUACAAGGUGGUACGAGAUCUGGUGCCCGGGUUCUGGGACACCGACUACCACGGCCACAAGAUCGACAUGGCAAUCCACAUCGGCAUGGCCGGCCCCCGGCCCUUGUACCAGAUCGAGCGGAGGGCUCACAGGAGGGGGUACAAGACGCCGGACGUGGACGGCGAGCUGCUGGCCGACGGGCCCGAGGGGAGACCCGACGACCGAGACUGGAUCUGGUACGGCCUGCCGGAUGAGAUUCUGACGGAGUUUGACGUGGACGAUGUUCACAAGCGGUGGCAGGCACAUAGCUCGGUAUGUCUACCGCCUUUUCCCUUUUUCUCGACGGCCUUUGUAGGCCCGGCUUCUUUUGGGCCGACAGUUUCUUUUCUCCGUGUUUCCUUGGCUGUUUGUUCGUUUGUUCUCUUUUUCUUCACGAGGGCUAACGCACGGCUGGUCGGGGGGGAGCGUGGGAGCGAGCAGAAGGACAUGGACCUGCGCGUUUCAGAGGACCCGGGCCGGUACCUCUGCGACUUCAUCUACUAUUCUUCCCUGGCGCAACUGUACAAGGAGAAGCGGCCGCGCAAGGUGGUGUUCUUGCACGUACCGUCGGACUCGUCCGAGGCGUUUGUCACGCAGGGCCGUGAGCUCGCCAUCAAUCUGAUCAGGGCGUUGGUGGAAAGCGAGACGGCCGCGCAGACUGGCGCGUAG